AUGGAUACGAGGGGAAUCAACGCCGCUAGAUCCAUAUCUCUUCCGAAGCAGCCUGAUUACAGUAGCAAACCUGUUCAGGAGGCGUUGAGGCAUUUGGCAUCUAUCAACCUCAGGGAGUUGUGUAACGAGGCCAAGGCUGAGCAUUGUCGUGCAACAAGAAACUUGACGCUCUGUGGGAGAUCUGUAAACUAUGCGUUGAAGCCGUGUGGACAUGCCUCCUUGUGCGAAGAGUGUAGUCAGAGGUGUGAUGUUUGUCCAAUAUGUAGAUGUUCAUUGCCAAGGACUGGAGAUAAACUCCGGCUUCGUCUUUAUUACCAGUGUGUUGAAGCUGGUCUUAUCUCCUCAGCAUAUGACGAUGAACAUCAGUUGGGAGCUGAUGUUUGUUGUCUCUAUUCUCUGUUCGAUGUUGCUAUGAACAACAAUUUGAUAUCUGUGGUUUGCCAUUAUAUCACCAAUGUAUGUAUGGAUGAGACUGCUGUAUCUAGUGACCCGGUUAUUGCUUUUUUGCUGGAUGAAGUUGUUGUCAAAGAUUGGGUCAAGCGUACAUUCCGGAGCAUCUUAGCUGAGCUUCGAGAAAUUUAUAGUCUUGAAGCGAAAGAGAUGCAAGCAUGGUUAGAUAGCCUCCUCAAGUAUUCGAAGCAAGUGGCUGGUCUAUGUAGGGUGCUUGAAGUUAUGGAAUCAGCAUUUAAGGGUUCUAUUACACCUCAGCUUCAAGACGUGCAGAAGCUUAGAGAGAACAUUGGAAAAACAAAGCAGCAUCUGGACAUUAUGAUCUGGUGCAUAAGACACGGAUUUCUGGAAGAUGUGAGGUCUCGGUAUUCUAAUUUCACUUCGUGGAAGGCUCUGGUACGUGAAAGGAAAUCAGAAGCAAUUAAGCGUGCAUGGCCUGAUGCCGUAGAUCAGUCUUCAGAUUGCAAUGUACAGGGUGCUUCCCUUUUUAUCGAGGAUGCUUUAGAAAAUCUUGAGAGAGAGCCAGAAUGCAGUCAAGACAUAGGGGGAGACCUAGAAGUUGAAUGUUUGCAGAAUGAUGAGAGAUCAGUUCUUAGGUCCAAAAUAGAGGGGAUUUCAGGAUCUUAUCCAUUUAAGAAUCUUAGAACUGCUGCUGAUAUACUCUUUUUACAUGGCAGUUCAGAUCUGGUUGUUGCGAAGCUAGCAAUUUUUCUUUAUUACCUGUUUGAUCGGCACUGGUCUACCCCUGAAAAAUACUGGAAGCACAUUAUAGAUGAUUUUGCUGCUACCUUUGGCAUAUCCAGACAUUCCUUGCUGGAGUCUUUUGUAUUUUAUCUUCUCGAUGAUCCCUCAGAGGAGGCACUCCAGGAAGCUUGUAGUACUCUUCCUGAAAUAUGUGAUCCAGAAACAUAUUCCAAGGUUGCACAAGUCCUGUUAGAAAGGGAAAACCCUGAAACAGCUCUUAUGGUGUUGCGUUGGUCUGGUCGUGAUGGCGUAUCAGAACUGGUUUCAAUUGGUGAAGCUGUCACAGCUAUUCGUGUGAGAGUGGAAUGCGGUCUUCUGAGUGAAGCGUUUACAUACCAAAGGUCGCUCUGCUUGAAAGUGAAGGAAAAUAAAUUGAAAAAUGGAGCUUUGAAAGAUGUGUCAGAUGAUGUAGACAGCUGGAAUUGGACGGAAUGGAUGGAGAUACUUGUCAACGAAUUCUGCUGUCUAUCUAUUAGGAGAAACGUGGUUGAUAGAAUCAUUGAGUUACCGUGGAAUCCAGAUGAAGAGAAGUAUCUGCACAGAUGCUUAUUAGAUUCUGCAACUGAUGACCCCUCAUCAGCUGUGGGUAGUCUUCUGGUUGUCUUCUAUAUUCAGCGCUACCGUUACAUCCAGGCAUACCAAGUCGAUCUUAAACUCCAGAAAAUUGAAGAGGCUUUCGUAUCUGAAAAUCAAAUUGGGGAAGGUGUAAUAUCCAGAAUGCGAUCACAGAGUCUUUGGAGGAAAGAAUUAGUUGAUAAAGCCAUAGAUAUGCUUCCAGUGAUUCAGCAGCAGCAAGUCAGAUCUGGACAAUUAUCUGAAGUGGAAGAUGCAUCGGAAAGUGCUUCUGAAGCAGCAAGAAACUCUGAUGCGCAACAGCCUGAGAUGAAUUCUUCUACAGUUCCCUUUCAUACUACCGUAUUUCUCCAAAUGGCCAAGGACGCUGGCGCUAGAGAGCCAGUGGCUAAUAAUGGCAGCAGCACUCCUUUUCAACCAAGUCGUUUGAUAGGAAACGCUUCCCAUGGAAAGUUAUUGACAAGCACAAAUAGAGGACAAAAGAGUGAAGUUAGAAGCAUAACCAAGACUCUGAAAUUCGGUGAAGUGUCCACACCGUUCAAAGAUCUUGAUAGAGCUCGUGGGAACAGGCUCAAAGGAAAAAAGACUAAAGACAUCUCUCCAGAUAUAAAUGUUGAUAGAUUCAUGGAGAAUAACAUGAGCUCACCUUAUCUAGGCCGUGCCGCAGUUAAUGAUCCUGUAACAAUGAAUCCUAGGAGCAACUAUCUCAAUGGAUCUGAACAGAAACCGGAAUCAACUUUCUUUGGCACAAGGAGGCAACCAGGCAGAGAGCACCCGUCAUCUAACUUUGUUGAUUUGGAUGAUCCAAUGGACAUGUCUUCAAGUUUCAAGGACAACAACAAUGUCUUGGCCACUGAGAAGAGAAAUAACAGUGGCGGAUUGAGGUGGCGUUCAGAUGAAGCAAGCGAUGAGGAAGAUGAACUGAAGUGGGACAUGGAACCAACUAGUUUCGGUUCCAUGCCGAUUAAGGGAAGGAGGACGCGUAUAUUCGCUGUAAGAUGA